AAAAGGCGUCGCUGUUGUCAGACACAAACACAAUGCCAGAGAAGAAGAAUAUCAUUGAGGAAGUGUAGCUUUCGGCUAUGUGCAAUUAUGUACACUUGUUUUACGAAUUUAAUGCAUGUUUUAUGACAAAAAUAUGUACUAUUAACUUGUAGCUGCGCGUUUCGUAUGUGAAUACGUAUCAAAGUGAGGCUGUUGUAGAGAACCGGCGAUUAGCAUUGCGUUCACUGCCAUAACUAUGAGCAACAAGGACAGUUCUUCAUCCGCUGCAAAUAAAGACAAGGACUCCACUCUUCUGCUCACUAAAGACGGCCAGCGGUAUUUCGUAAGUAAAAGCGGAGCUGUGGACAGCAGAAACGUGACAACGCCGCAUGAAUCGGAGAACAACGUGUCCUCUUUCAGCGUGGACGAUCCGGACGAAGAGAGCGACGUGCUGGAUGCGUCUGAUCCCAGAGAAGGCGCAGCCAGCCCGGAGGAGCUCAAUGAAGAGGGGACCUCGGAGGGCGACAACGCCCCCAAACAGUGCACCUACGAGGGCUGCACGGAGACCACCACACAGGUGGCCAAGCAGAGGAAGCCGUGGAUGUGCAAAAAACAUCGCAACAAGAUGUAUAAGGAUAAAUAUAAGAAGAAGAAGAGCGACCAGGCUAUGUCCAGCGGGAAGCUUGAUGAAAACUCUGAGGAGCGACCAGUGUCUGUGAACAAACAGCGCCUGGGAGCCAUGGGGGACCGUCCAGCCAGACCCUCCCUUAUAGAGCAAGUCCUCAACCAGAAAAGACUGUCUCUGCUCAGGAGUCCAGAGGUGAUCCGGUUCCUGCAGCAGCAGCAGCAGCAGCUCCUGGCUGCACAAAGCCGCAGCCAAUCACAGCAGCACUUCCAGGGUUGUUGACAGUGACUAGUGUGUAUUUGAUAGUAUUUAUGAUACAUCACAAGGGUUGUGAAAAAAAAAAAUACAAAUAAGUAAUUUAUGCAUAAUUAGGUGAAGCUGCUCAAAGUCUGACUUUGAACUGGACAGAAAAUCAUUUUUAAUGUGUAAGCAAAACGUUUUCUCCAUUUGCUUUAUGUUUUAGUUUAAAGUUAGUUGGUUUUACUGUCCUUCGUAAUGCAGUUUUAAUCAGGACAUUUAAUUGUAACUGUCUAAUGUUUUUAAGACAUUGCAUCCCUGUGCUGUUAUAUUUAUAUUGUCUUCCAAUUGCUUAUUUAUCUUGUGUGUUCUUGUUCGUUCUUACUGUUUUUGUGGUAUUUAUGUGUUGUGUUAUUGUGAACAUCAACCUGAUGUAAUUCACCUGAAAUGUUCAAAAACAAUUGUAGCAUUGCUUUAAAAAAAGUGCUGCACUUAUGCAGUUCAGUGUUUUUCCUUGUGACAAUCAGUGGUCAUAAUUUUCACCCAACAGAGUGUCACAGUUUAUUUUUAAAAUAACAUUUUGUAUGUUCUUUUCAUCUUAAAGCUUAGCGUAAGUAAAAUUUUUAUCUAGAUCUAAAUAAGUUAACACAAGCCAAAUGUGUGAUGUGAAAAUUAUGACGUCUAUGUCUGCUGAGCCUAUAAAAAUAAAAACAUUAAUACUCC